GUGAGCCUAUCGCAUGUGCACGCCCUGCGCGCGCGCUGCGUGAGGACCGGUGCGCCUGUCGCCCGUGCACCCCUGCGUGCGCAGUGAGUGGAACCUGUGCGCCUAUCGCACGUGCACGCCCUAUGCGCGCGCUGCGUGAGGACGCGUGCGCAUGCUGACGCGCACGGGUUCGAUGCGGCGCGGCGGGCUUGGCAGUGCGCCUGUGCGGUCGGUGUGUCCUGAUGGAGCGCGGCGGCGGCUUCGGGACGGGAUCCCGGCCUGAGGGUACUGCGCGGGGUAGCCCUCUUUCAGGGAAGGUCGCAGAACCGGGCGCGGUGCGGACCUCUCACCCCAACUACAGGCCUCAAGGCAUGGAGGGAUUUUUGAAAUCUGAUGAGAGGCAGAGAUUGGCUAAAGAAAGACGGGAAGAAAGAGAAAAAUGUCUGGCUGCUCGAGAACAACAAAUCCUGGAGAAACAGAAAAGAGCCAAGCUCCAGUACGAAAAGCAAAUUGAGGAGCGAUGGCGAAAACUGGAAGAGCAGCGGCAGCGAGAGGAUCAGAAGAGGGCUGCUGUGGAAGAGAAAAGGAAACAGAAGCUCCGGGAGGAGGAGGAACGGCUGGAGGCAAUGAUGCGCAGGUCCCUGGAGCGCUCACAGCAGCUAGAGCUAAAGAAGAAGUAUUCGUGGGGAGCAUCACUGCCCAUGGGACCCGGAGGACGUGAUGGUGAAUCAGAAAAUACCCCACCCCCUCCUCUAGGUUUAGCAGCCAGCACCCUCCCUCCGGAUGCAGGGACCACUGCCACAGCUGCCGAGUCCACCAACGCAUGUGACAAACUUUCAACAUCAACUAUGAAUUUGCCAAAGCCGACGGAGCCUCCCAUGAGUAAACGCCUGUCUUCAUCCACUGUGGCAAUAUCGCAUUCCCCAGACCGAGCUCAUCACAUGUACCUUAGUGAAAUGGAAGCCAUUCUUUCACGACUGUUGAUACCUACACAGUCUUCUUUAGCAAGAAGCAGAACUUCAUUCAGGCUCUCUGGGCAGGCCAGUGACUCAGUAUUCCCUGUCUGUCCUCGUUUAGCUCUUCUUGGCUCUCUUAACCCUUCUUACAAGUCUUCACCAACUCGAAACAUUGAGAAGAAGAAAGCUGCAUCUACAUCUACAUCUACAUCUGACACAGGAGAUGUUGGGAAAGAAGCCCUUGUGGGAGGAGAGGCCUCUCUGGUGGAGAAGGUGAAGCGGGGGCAACGAACAGCAACUCCUCUUUCCACUGUGAAUUUUGGGUCCCCUCUGAAAAGAUGCGAGCUUUCUGGAAGCAUUCCUAAGAGACCAUCUUCUCCUGUGAUAUCCAAGACAACUACUAAAGCUUAUCCACAGUCUCCAAAGACAGCAAAACCUCCCUACUCAGGGUCUCCCGUGAGGUACCGCUUACCUCCCCUUUCCAGCCAAGAGAUGCCCAAGAAGAAAGCAGAUAAAGAGAAGAGCAACAAGGAAAGGGAAGGUGCCUUGACUCAGCAGACUGCUGGCCCGCAAGGGGAGGAAGCCCCAGAGAAGCACAUAGUGGACAAGCAUGCCAGCGAGAAGCACACUGCUGUCGCCGGAGGGAAGGCCGAAAACAGUGCAGCCUUGGGGAAGCCCACAGCAGGCACCACUGAUGCAGGAGAGGCUGCAAAGAUCUUGGCGGAAAAGAGAAGACAGGCCCGGCUACAGAAGGAACAGGAGGAGCAAGAACGACUGGAGAAGGAAGAACAAGAUAGGCUAGAGAGAGAGGAAUUGAAAAGAAAGGCAGAGAAGGAAAGGCUUCGCCUAGAAGAGGAAGCCCGAAAGCAGGAAGAAGAAAGGAAGCAGCAGGAAGAGGAAAAGAAGAAACAGGAAGAGGAAGAGAAAAGAAAGGCAGGCGAGGAGGCCAAGCAGAAGGCUGAGGAGGAGCUGUUGUUGAAAGAAAAGCAAGAAAAGGAAAAGCAAGAACAAGAAAAGCAAGAGAAAGCCAUGAUUGAAAAGCAGAAAGAAACAGCAGAAGCAAAGGCCCGGGAAGUAGCUAAACAGAUGCGUCUAGAAAGAGAACAGAUUAUGCUGCAGAUUGAGCAGGAGCGACUGGAGAGAAAGAAGAGAAUAGAUGAAAUCAUGAAGAGAACAAGGAAAAGUGAUGUGUCUCCAGAAGUGAAGAAAGAAGACCCCAAAGUGGGGGUUCAGCCUGCUGUGUGUGUGGAAAAUAAGAAAAAACCAGUUGUCCCCAGCAAAAUGGAAAUCAAUGGAUUGAACACCUGCCAGAAAGUUAAUGGUGUGGGUCACGCUGCCCCAGAAACUUAUCCCCAAGACAUUUUCUCUAAUGGGCUUAAGCCAGCUGUGGCACUUGUUCAUCUAGAUGCCCUUGAUGGGAAAUCAAACAGUCUGGAUGAUUCAACUGAAGAAGUUCAGUCUAUGGAUGUGAGUCCUGUUUCAAAAGAAGAGCUUAUCUCUAUCCCAGAAUUUUCACCAGUGAGUGAAAUGAUUCCUGGGGUGUCUCUCGACCAAAAUGGAACUGGUAAUGCCCGAGCACUUCAAGAUCUCUUAGAUUUCACUGGUCCCCCCACAUUCCCCAAGAGAUCCAGUGAAAAUCUCAGCCUGGACGACUGUAAUAAAAACCUUAUAGAAGGAUUUAACAGUCCUGGCCAAGAAACUCCUCUCAACACCUUCUGUUGACAAAUACAGCAUCCAUUUAAUGAAAGGUGUUUGGAGAACCAGUAAAGCCGCUGCCAGCCAUCUGAAGAAGCUUCUGACACCCUUACCGCUGGAUCCCAAAUUAUUAGCUCGGAAUGUGAUUGUAUUCCUAAGUAGUAUGUCUAACACUGGCCAUUCUUGUUAGAAACCUUGAGACUUUCACCUUGUUGGGCUUUAGCAAAGUUUCCUUUUACAGUUCUGUUUUUGAGCUUCAGCUGCUGAUAAAGCACUUCCUGUACCUCUCUAUUAUCAUAGUGACCCUCUGAAUAACCUGAGUGACUGGCUCAGCAGUUCGCUUUAUAACCAUUCUUCUUCCCAAAGUCGGAGCACAUAAACAUUUAGAUGUCUUUUCCUGUAAAAUAUUCUAGACAUUUACCCAAGCUCUAGUUAAACAUAUACUCGGCUUGCGCCGUAUAUAUCUCCCUGUCGUUUUUGAGACAGAGAAGAAAUUCAGGAGGUCCUCCAUCUCCAGAGUUUCUAUAUUGGAAGGCAGUAUCAAGAAGCCUUUAAAAAAUUAUUGUUCAGCUUUGCCACCUACAAAAAUGCAUUGCCCCACAUUAUUCUUUUGGGGUUAAAGUAGUAAGUUUGGCUGAGGAAGAAAGUCAAAACAGUCAGUAAUGAUUUCUGUUCUCUUAUGCAUAUUUGUGUAUACGUGGCAACUGAAUCUAGCAAGGACUCUUUCAUGUCACACCUUAAAAUCUUCACACGGUAGUCACUCCAGACCACAGCGUGGCUUUCCUAAUGACUUCUGUCUUGUGUGCAGGUGGUUGGUUUUCAUGUUGUUGCUAUUUUUUUUUCUAUUGGAUCUUGGAAGUUUUCUUUGUUUAUUUGCUCCUGUAUUUGCCCAGCUUUAAUAAAACUAGGCACAAAUGAAAAUCAUAGCGUUCUGAAACAAUAGGGGGCCCAUACUGAACCCAGUAUGUCACUUUCAACCUUAAGAAAACACCCGAAUGCGAAAAAUGACACUAAAAUGUAUACUCAUCACAUUUUAUGCCAUAUAAUGGCAUGUUUUCUUAAUUUUGUUUCUUGUGGUGAAAUGUGGCUUUCAGAUUAAAAUGACCUCUUCUUCUCUGAAACUUUUUGUUUUGACUGGUAUAAUUAAGGGUUUAGAAAGAUUCAUAAUUCUGAGAGAGGUUUGCAACCAGGAGAUAAAAAGAAGUCUCAGUAGUAAUCUUGUUCAUGUGCUUGUAUAGCCAGCUACAUUUAAGAAUGUAUUAGUUAAGGAAACUGUGCGUCUGCGUGUAUGUCUAUACUCAAUAAAAUACAUGCCUCCACAUAAUGCGGUGUUGUCCAUCUUGGCGAAUACUGGUGAAGUCCCUUCCUGACAAGCACACAGAAACCAUAGCAUGGUCUGGCUUUCAAAAAAUGCCUCUCAUUUUUCCUAAAACCUUAUUUUGCUAAACGUCUGUUGUCUUGUGAUUUGUUGUACCUCACAACACCAUUGUGACCGUAGUGAUGCCUCAUUUGCAUGAUAUAUACAUUGUGUUUAAUGUGAAAUACAUUUUCAUUGAAGAGUC